CACACUCCUGCCCGGAAAAAGCUCCGCCGACAGCAGGCCGCUACAGACUCACGCGUCCACGGCCCGGCCGUGAAGCGGCGACUGAAGGGAAGAAGGUCAGGGAGGAUCCGGACUGGGAUUUGGGAAGCUCUGCUCAAUUCAUCCCAACUCGGGUUACCAUGCCAGAAGGAACAGUGUCCCCUCAGCAGGCUCCGCACAGCCACCUGGAGAAGCCUCCGAGCUCGCUCAUUCUCUGUGACACCUGCGGGAAGGUGUGUAAAGGAGAGGUCCUCAGGGUCCAGAGCAAGUAUUUUCACAUCAAAUGCUUUGUUUGCAAAGCGUGCGGCUGUGACCUGGCCGAGGGAGGGUUUUUCGUCAGACAAGGGGACUACAUCUGCUCCCAGGACUAUCAGAGGCUGUACGGCACACGCUGCUUCAGCUGUGACCAGUUCAUCGAGGGCGAGGUCGUCUCCGCGCUGGGCAAGACUUACCACCCCGACUGCUUUGUGUGCGCUGUCUGUAGAUUGCCUUUUCCUCCUGGGGACCGGGUGACGUUCAACGGGAAAGUGUGCGUCUGCCAAAAGUGUGCCGUGCCGGCCCCCGCCAGCGGCAGCAGUCCUUAUCUCAUCCAGGGCCGCAGAAGCUGCGGAGGCUGUGGUUUGGAAAUCCAAAAUGGGCAGUCCCUGGUGGCUUUAGAUCAACAUUGGCAUCUGGGCUGUUUCAAAUGCAAGACCUGCGGAAAACUUCUGAACGCCGAAUACAUCAGCAAAGAUGGAGUCCCCUACUGUGAAGCAGACUAUCAUGCCAAAUUUGGGAUCCAGUGCGACAGAUGUGAGAAAUAUAUCACAGGCAGAGUCCUGGAGGCUGGUGAAAAACAUUAUCAUCCUUCCUGUGCACUAUGUAUCAGGUGCAAACAGAUGUUUGCGGAAGGAGAAGAAAUGUAUCUUCAAGGUUCUGCCAUUUGGCACCCAGCUUGUAGACAAGCAGCCAAAUCGGAAGAAAAAAAUAAGGAAACUAGAACAUCUUCGGAGAGUAUUAUUUCCGUGCCUGCUUCUAGCACCUCAGGUUCUCCAAGCCGGGUGAUUUACGCAAAGCUUGGCGAUGAGAUCCUUGACUACAGGGACUUAGCCGCUCUCCCCAAAAAUAAGGCCAUCUAUAACAUCGACCGCCCAGAUAUGAUCUCUUAUUCUCCAUAUAUCUGUUAUUCUUCAGAUGACAGACAGAGUUGUGGAGAGGGCGACCAAGACGAGAGGUCUUACAAACAGUAUCGGACUUCGAGCCCUAGUUCUGCGGGCUCAAUAAGUUAUGGCCGCUCAACUCCCACGUCCCGUUCUCCUCAGCAUUACAGCAGACCAGCUGGUACUCAGAGUCUUUGUUCCAAUAGCUGCAACUCACUGUCCCAACACCCAAGCCCCACAUCAAUAUUCAGACAUCACUACAUCCCCUUCUUCAAAGGCAGCGAAAGUGGUCGCAGCACCCCAAGUUUGUCCAUGUACUCAGAGAGCAAAUCUUCGCCUUCCAGCUACCAGCAGGCUCCGCGCCACUUCCAUGUCCCAGAGUCUGGAGUAAAAGAUAACAUCUAUAGAAAACCCCCUAUCUACAGACAGCAUGGUCGCGUAGCCCAGUCCAAAAUUUCCCAAGUUUCUGACCUGGUUUCAGUCCUAUCCUUGGUGGUCCAGGACUCAAUGUACAUGAAAAAAAUAAAGUCUCCCGAGCUGAAGUCUGCAGUGACGAGGAGAUCGGACGGAGAGGACGGAAGUUUCGAUCAGGACAGCAGGAAGAGAGCUGAGUGGCUGACCCUGAAAGGAUCCCCUGCCACAGGCUCCCCAGAACUGGACGUACAAUCCCAGAGCAGCGCGACGGAUCGAGGGUCGCUCCAGAGGCUGCCCGCUGACAGCCCUCACUCACGUGAGUCCAGAGGCCCGGAGCCGCACGUGGAUGCUCUUGGAGGAGCAGGACUCCACUCUUCCCAAUCUUCUUCCCUUCCUGGAUACGGAAAGAAUGGAUUCAACCGGAAUGCAAAUGUGACCCCAUAUGAACAGGAAGCGGAUGCCAGUUGGGGCAUGAGAGAAUACAAGGUAAGAGGGACGGUUCGGCCGCCGGCAGGACUCUCAGGUUGUGCCAGAACUGACAAGGUCUAUCCUUACGAAAUGCUCAUCGUGACGAACCGAAUUCGAGUGAAGUUACCCAAGGACGUGGACAGGACCCGGUUGGAGAGACACUUGUCCCCCGAAGAAUUCCAGGAAGUGUUUGGGAUGACCGCCGAAGAAUUUGAUCGCCUGGCUCUGUGGAAAAGGAACGAACUCAAGAAAAAGGCCCUGCUUUUCUAACCUCUCACGGACAGAAAAGCGUAACGCAAAACAAAAUCCUUCUUGCCCGAAUUCACAUCUAUCCUUGCUGUUGAACCAUUGUCUGACUUCAUUGUGUUGGUAGAGGGAGAGAUACCUAGAGGAGGAAGAUCUCAGCUCCCAGAUUGAGAAUCAUCUAGGGGUAAGGGCUGGGACUCCCUUCUAGAAAGUUCUUGGGGUCCUGACUCUCCCCUUAGCCUGCUGGGUGACUUUGGACAGGCUGCUUGACCUCUCUGGGCCUCAGCCUCCUCAUCUUUAAAAUGGGGAUGGCCAGUAUCUGCCUGUCCUUAUCACCCAGGAAUACGAGCAGAUGAAACGUGGUCCUUGCUAUGGAAGCGUUCUGGAAAAACAUCCAGGCGCUCUAUAAAUGACCAAGCUCUUAUCAUUAGUACUAUAACGGAGUGGCCAGCUGUUUCUGUUGAUAAUCUUUUUCCUAGCCGUGGAUGCAGUGAAGCUAACUAUAAAUCGCCGGGGAUUUUAGGGUCUUUCCUGUUGAAAAAGGGAGCCUUAUAGGGAAGGGAAGAACCUUAAACUGGAAGAGGUUUUGUAGCAAUAACAACAGGAGUGAAGGAGGCGAUGAAGUGAAGGGGUAAAUAGUGAGGGUGUGACCAUGCCACAGGGGAUAAUCAGAUGUCCCAAGAGCUGGAGGUGAAAGAGAAGCAGGUGCCAACAGCUGUUUUUCAUCUGGUUCUCUCAAGGCUCAAAAAUUAAGGCCACCAAGCAUCUUAAAUUCACUGUUGGAUUUUAGCCGCACGCUGUGGCCUAAAGAGCUCACACCCCGGGAGGAUCACUUUAAUUAUGCUACCAGAGGUUUUAUUUUAGUAAAAAAUACAUGUCCAUGUUACAAUUGCAGUGUACUAAGGCAUAGGAAGGUAUCCGUAGAGAAUUUCAAGAUAAUGUCCCUUUCAUUAGGGCAUCCCGAAACCUUAUAGGACGCUGUUUCACAACUGCAAAGCGCUAGCGAUUGGAGUGGGUUUUUUUUUUCUCUUUUUUGGUUUCUUUUACGUCGCACACAGCAAGCAUUCACUCCACUCAACCGUAAGACAGUGCUGUUUGUAAAUACGUGUUAUAAGAUCAAUAGCUCCGCUAUUCUCUCCACUUUCUGGCUUUAUCUUUCAAGUCGUGAAAAGAGAACUCAAUUUUCUAGGGCCGAGGCUCUGGGGGAGAAGGGUCUGGCGUGCAAUAGAAUAAACUGUAGGUCUGUUGGUUGAGCAGCGAUCUGUCAAAUGGUAUUCUCGCUCAGUCAUGAGAAAGCCCCCAACCUUGGAGAGCGCGUCCGCAUGUUCUUGUAAAACCCAGACGCUGGUGAAGGGAGGGGACAAAAUCAAAUUGAGCUAAAUCUCCACCUUCAAAUAAAAGCAGAGGUGACAAAAUUCAGUAGGGUUUGGGUCUGGACUUUGGAUCCUUCCGUCUCUUUGGGUGGAAAGAAAGAAUCCCUCCAUCGUCGUCGAGACGGCUCCCGAAAUGGGAUAAAUCGAUCCGUCGUGUUUAUUGACCGCUUCCUGUGUGCGGAGCACUGUACUAGACGCUUGGGAGAGCACGACUUAGAACAGAGUUGGUAGACAAGGUCCCCGCCCACAAAGAGCUGUUAAAUCAGAGGUGAAUGGGAUAAAUCGAAGGUGAUUCUAAAAAAAAACAAUGUCUAACCGUAAGUACAUCAGAUGUUUGGGGUUUCGGGGUAUCUGCAUUUUUAUUUUUAGUGUCUUGAAUGUUUGCACUCCUAUUCCACUCUAUAUCCUUUUGCAGUUCCUUAAAUAAACUGGUUAGUCCGACACUGUCGUGAGACUGGAGCUACUGUAGCUUUAAACAUCUGCCUCUUUUCCAUCAGCAUCGAGAAUCCGAGCAUUUGAAAAUAAAUACUUUCCACUGGC